AUGCUUGCACUGACUUGCUAUGUCGACAGGGCGCCGUGCCAACAUAGAGUGUUACUCGCCGAACCGGGACUGUGCGAGGACCCGGUGGUCGAUUACUUCAAACGAGAUCACAAUCAUGACCUCGUCGAGGCUGGAGGUAACGAAGGCCGCGCUGCUGUCCACACCACCACCAAUGCCGUCUACCGCUUGAUGAAUACUGUUAAAGAGCGUCAUCCUGGACUUGAGAUCGAGAUCUGUGCAUCUGGCAGUGCCCGAGUGGAUUUGGACAACUUGGGCAGGACCGACCGUAUCUGGAUCGGGAACUGUACGGUCCCUCUUGAGAGGCUCACCAUUCAAAAGUACAACAACUUUCUUGUUCCCAACGAGCUGAUGGGCGCCCGUGUGGGACCAGCAUAA